AUGCAAGAGCUGCGAUCCGCACAAGAAAGAAAAAUUAAUUAUCUGAGUUUUACUAUUGAUAAUGAGAAACAAUUUCGCCAAUUCUCAUUUGUUUUUUUAGGAGCGAGCGACGGAAUUAAAAACUUUCUAAAACUAUUCAUCUGCACUGUUAACGGAAAACCACCCGGCGUAAUGAUUCCAAUUCCCCAGUACCCGUUAUACUCUGCAUCGCUAGCGGAAAUGGGCAUAACUCAAAUCGGCUACUACUUGAACGAGGCGAAAAACUGGGCGUUAGACGGGGCCGAAUUAGAAAGGGCGCUAGAGGAAAACAAGAAAUGUUGCAUUCCGAAAUGUAUAGUCGUAAUUAAUCCAGGUAACCCCACCGGCCAGGUUUUGACCAAGGAGAACAUACAGGAAAUUAUUAAAUUCGCGCACAAACACUCGCUAUUUAUUCUUGCCGACGAGGUAUAUCAGCACAACGUCUACGCGGAGGGUUCCGAAUUCUUUUCCUUCAAGAAGGUAUUAAUGGAAAUGGGCGAACCGUACUCUUCGAUGGAAUUGGUCAGUUUUAUGUCCUGCUCAAAGGGUUACAUGGGCGAGUGUGGUUUGCGCGGUGGUUACGCCGAAGUGAUCAACAUGUGCCCGCAAGUUAAAGUGAACUACUUGAAAUCGGUUAGCGCAAUGUUGUGCUCGACGGUUAUCGGCCAGGCUUGUAUGGAUACGGUCGUAAAUCCACCGAGAAAAGGAGAGCCCAGUUACGAAAUGUACAUGAAGGAAAGACAAGCAGUAUUAGACUCAUUGAAUAUUCGCGCGAAGAUGGUCGUCGAUGCCUUCAACUCAUUCGAGGGUUUCAGCUGUAAUCCCGUGCAGGGUGCAAUGUACGCGUUUCCAAGAAUCACGCUACCACCGAAGGCGAUCGAAGCCGCGAAGAAAGCCAAUCAACAUCCCGACGUAUUUUACGCCUUCCAGCUGCUCGAAAGGACGGGAAUAUGCAUAGUGCCGGGAUCGGGCUUCGGCCAGCAACCGGGAACAUUCCAUUUCCGUACGACCAUUUUGCCACAACCCGAAAAAUUAAAAGCGAUGUUGGAGAAAUUCAGAAACUUUCAUUUAGAAUUUGUCGAAGAAUAUAAAUAAAAUAACGGAUUUUUUUUUACUUUUUUAAAUAAUUAUUUGUAAAUUUGCCAUUAAGUAUAAGGUUGUGCUUAAUAGUCGUUUAUGUAUGACAAUAAAUAUCUAUUGUAUCGUU